AAUAAAUUGAGUGGACCCUGUAUAUUUCAAACAAUUUACAUUUAAUUACACAAUUCAAGGUUACUUGUCGUUAAAAGUACGUUUUUAAUAACAAACCUGUUAUGUGUUUAAAUUUGUAUUCAAAGUAGGUUACUGGUAUCAUCAGAAACUUAGUUAAUGUCAUUCCAAUCUCUACUGGUGAUUUCAAAAUCUCUAAAAAUUCACAGUCAACAAAAUAUUAAAUAAACAUUAAAACUGAAUUGUUUAAAAAAAAUAGUUUUAAAAACAUUGAAUGCAUUAAAGUAUACCUGUGUAAUUGAAUGUUCGUGUAGUAGAUAAGCAAAGUCAAACUCCAAAUUGAUUAAUUCAUGAAAAAAAAAAAUCCACUAAUAAACGUUAAGUAAUAAUAUAGGUAGGUGUUAAAUUCGUAAGAAUGGAUAUUAUAACAAUAAUCAACUUGACACAAAGAUGUAUAGGCCUUCUUAGGACAUGCUUAAGGACAUUUAGUGCCGAAAGACCAGCAACGACUUUAGCAGUGGUAAUCAGCGUCUGCGUUGCAGUAUUGCCAUUUGUAACGGUUACAGCUUUAAUGCCGUUAACAAUUUUAUUAGAUCUUAGCAAUGCUCUGGCCACCAAAGGUGUUGUCUAUGUGAUUUAUUCCCUUAUAUUUCAAGUCUCUAUUUUAGCUGUGAUAGUUUUUAUACUGUUUAUUGUAGCAUUUGCAAUAGUUAGUAGUGCGACUAUUAUUCAUAAGUAUAAUAUCUUCAUUAAGUAGGUAUACAUAUUUAAUAUAAAAAUAGGUGUUUUAUAAAUUAGUUCAUACAAAUUUAACAAGGGAAUCGUUUUAUAAAUAAAUGUUUUUAGAAUGUAUAAGUAGUUUUUUUGUGUAUGGUGGUAUAAUCAAUUAUUUUAAUUUAAGAUUAAUUAUAUAUUAAAUUUAGUCCUUUUAUUAAAUUUAUUUUCCCUACCUAUAUCUGUAUAUUAUCAAGCUUUCUCUCAAUUCUAAAAGAUUGAGUACAACACAAGUAUGGAUACCUAUAUUUUGUUAAAAAAAGGUAAGAACAUAAAGUAUAAUUUAUUUAUUCUUUUUAAAUUAUAUGUGUACAAUUUUAUUCAACAAAUUUCCUUACCAACACUUACAUAUUAAGAUCUUUUUCUGAAAGUGGCUUCAUAUGUACUUUCUUUAUGAGUGAAUAUAAGUUUUCAGUUAUUUCUUUCUGAGACUGUUUUUUUAGCUUAAAGUCGAAACAUUUAAUACUCUCAGGAUUUUCCCCUACAAUGU